AUGGACGACGCUUUACAAUGCGGUGGCUUUACUUUACGCAAGUGGGCCGCAAACAAUAUCGCGCUAUUAUCUGAUAUUCCGACAAUCGAUCUCGCGAUCGAUUUUUCGAAAGAGGAUUCGGCAAUCCUCAAAGUACUCGGUAUCACCUGGCUUCCCAAGGAAGAUUCGUUCAGUUUUCAAGUCGGAGAAAUACCGAAAACGCGCAGUACGAAGCGCACAAUUCUAUCAUUAAUCGCAAGACUAUUUGAUCCUCUCGGGUGGGCUUCACCUGUCGUUAUACAAGCCAAAAUGCUCAUGCAAGAUUUAUGGCUUGCGAAAGUUGAUUGGGACGAUCAAGUCCCUCAAACGAUUCAAGAGAACUGGGAGCAUUAUUGUCGCGAACUUCCCAGUCUCUCAAAAUUACGCAUUCCACGCUGGAUUGUCUCGUUAAUCGCGGCCAAAUCGAAAGUCGCGCCAUUAAAAACGGUUGCUAUACCGCGGCUCGAGUUAAAUGGAAUAGUAUUACUCGUACGACUCCUCGAGUACGUCAAAGAAACUUUCGAAUACGAUUCAAUUCCAGUGCACGGCUGGACCAACUCCACCGUCGCACUCGCUUGGCUCACUCAGCAUCCGUCGCGCUGGAAGCCUUAUGUAGCAAAUCGGGUCUCAGAGAUCCAAACAAAAAUGCCGGAAAUUAAAUGGCGUCAUGUUCCUACACGCGAAAACCCUGCAGAUUGCGCAUCUCGGGGAAUCACUGCUCAAGAAUUAAUCGAUCACGCGCUUUGGUGGUCAGGCCCCGCGUGGCUUCGCCAAAAUUCGGCUUUCUGUCCAAAUUCUCGACCUUGCGCCUCGUCCGAACGCAUUGUCGAUCAAAACUCCGUGCUUAAUGAACAGUGCGCGACAGCGAUUAUCCACGUCGCUCAAGAAAAGGAAGAAUGGGACUUUUCCUCUAGAUUUUCAAAUUGGAACAAACUUCUUCGAGUUACCGGCCUCCUCUUUCGCUGGCUCCGCAAAUUCCGAACUCAAAAGUGCGACAAAGCUGCAUCCCACGAUGUCAACUUCGCUAAGAGCGUGCAAGACGCUCGCGAGGUCUGGAUUCGCAAAAUUCAAAACGAUAGUUUCGCCGCGGAAAUCCGCGCUGUACAAGCACACGCGUCGCUGCCUCGAUCGACCGCGCUAAAAUCACUCAAUCCUUUCCUCGAAAGGAAAGGGCCAGUUGCGUCUUGGUGGGUGGUUGCACCAUUCGUUCUUAUCGUAUAA